GGACACCCAGCACACCUCCUCGUGGGGACGGUGCAGAGGGGGCGCGGAGAGCCUCUCGCGGCGGCCGGCCGCCCAGCCAGCAUGGCAGAAGCUGAGGAAGAUUGUCAUUCUGAUACUGUCAGAGCAGGAGAUGAUGAAAAAAAAGAAAGUACUGCUGAAACAGAUCUGCAGGCACAACUCCAGAUGUUCCGAGCUCAGUGGAUGUUUGAACUUGGCCCAGGUGUAAGCUCUAGCAAUUUAGAUACUCGACCUUCCAGAGCAGCAAGAGGCUCUUUGCUGAAAGCAGCAGACACCAAAGGAAAGCAAGAAGUAGCAAAAGAAGAAAAGGCUCGAGAACUUUUUCUAAAAGCAGUAGAAGAAGAACAGAAUGGAGCUCUUUAUGAAGCCAUCAAGUUUUAUCGUAGGGCUAUGCAGCUUGUACCUGAUAUAGAGUUCAAGAUUACUUAUACCCGGUCUCCAGAUGGUGAUGGCGUUGGAAACAGCUACAUGGAAGAUAAUGACGAUGAUAGCAAGAUGGCAGAUCUCUUGUCCUACUUCCAGCAGCAGCUCACAUUUCAGGAGUCUGUGCUCAAACUGUGUCAGCCUGAACUUGAGAGCAGUCAGACUCACAUAUCAGUGCUUCCAAUGGAGGUCCUGAUGUACAUCUUCCGGUGGGUGGUGUCCAGUGACUUGGACCUCAGAUCAUUAGAACAGCUGUCACAGGUGUGCAGAGGAUUCUAUAUCUGUGCCAGAGACCCUGAAAUAUGGCGUUUGGCCUGCUUGAAAGUUUGGGGCAGAAGUUGUAUUAAACUUGUUCCAUACACAUCCUGGAGAGAGAUGUUUCUAGAAAGGCCUCGUGUUCGGUUUGAUGGUGUGUAUAUCAGUAAAACAACAUAUAUUCGUCAAGGGGAGCAGUCUCUUGAUGGUUUCUAUAGAGCCUGGCACCACGUGGAAUAUUACAGGUAUAUAAGAUUCUUUCCUGAUGGCCAUGUGAUGAUGUUGACAACCCCUGAGGAGCCUCUGUCCAUUGUUCCUCGUUUAAGAAAUCGGAAUGCCAGAACUGAUGCAGUUCUACUGGGUCAUUAUCGCUUGUCACAAGAUACAGACAAUCAGACCAAAGUAUUUGCUGUGAUAACUAAGAAAAAAGAAGAAAAACCACUGGACUAUAAGUACAGAUAUUUUCGUCGUGUCCCUGUACAAGAAGCAGAUCAAAGUUUUCAUGUGGGGUUACAACUGUGUUCCAGUGGCCACCAGAGGUUCAACAAACUCAUCUGGAUACAUCAUUCUUGUCACAUUACUUACAAAUCAACUGGUGAGACUGCAGUCACUGCUUUUGAGAUUGACAAGAUGUAUACCCCCUUGUUCUUCGCCAGAGUGAGGAGCUACACUACUUUCUCAGAAAGGCCUCUGUAGAGCCUCAUAUCCAGUCCUCUGUCACUGUUGCAUGAAUUAAAGUAUAUAGAGCAAAAGAGUACUUAAGUUAUAAAAGUACAUAUAUAUCUAUAUAUGGAAUUGGAACUUAUUUUGCAUUGUUGGAGUUCUUUUAAGAAGAGUAUAAAUUGAUUAUUUUUUUUAUUUAAAGGGAUAUAGUUGUUUCUUGGGGUGUUUGUUUAAAAUUAGAAGUUGAGAUUACUAGUUGUUUAAGCAUAUUUAUGUUGUGAAAAACCUUAAUCUGGGGUUUUAAUCAUGUCCUUUUUCAAGCAGAUUUCUGAGCAGAUUUCUGUCACAUCAGUCUUCUUCUGCCUGAUCAUUCUCAGUAUUUAAAUGCGUCAGGGAAGCUUCACUGGAUAAGCAUUUAUUUCACGCAUGAUGUUGUGUCUUUGCACUAAAGGCUCAAAAUGUGAAAACCUGUUCUGGAUUUGUUUGAAACUGUUUGACCAAUAAAGAUCAUAAAUAAAUGUUUCUUUCAAGAAAAUGUAUUUGGAUGG